GAAAAGCCGUCCGGGGGGAAACAGGAGAGGCGGCCGGAAGGGCAGGAAGGCGGCACCGGGCUGGUGGGAGCGGUGGAGCGGAGCGGAGCGUGGGGCGGUUUAGAUGUCUCGAUGGAUCCGUGGAGCUUUUUCUAUACUUGCCUGGUGUCUGCAUUGCUGCACAGAUUUUACAUCUAUGCUGCUAUUGCUUUUGGGGUGAGCGUUUGGAUCGUCAUCCAGUUCCUCAGCACUAGGAAGAAAGUGACUGAACAUGGUGAAAAUUCCAAUAGGAAUCCAGCUCCUUCAGAAGGCGUAGAAGGCAAGCUACUAAAUGGAUGUGCCACCCCGCAGGCGAAGGAGGUCCAUGUUGCUGGGGUAAAGAUUUUCUAUGGGUCUCAGACUGGCACAGCAAAGAGAUUUGCCACAGGUCUGGCUGAAGCAGUUGUUUCCCUUACUUUGCCUGUGGAAGUCAUUAGCAUGGGCGACUAUGAUCCUGAUGAUUGUUUAGCAGAGGAGACAACCAGCAGGAACGUCUGUGUGUUCUUGGUAGCUACGUACACAGAUGGACAGCCAACCGAGAGUGCAGCGUGGUUCUGCAAGUGGUUAGAAGAGGCUGCAAACGACUUCCGCUUUGGGAAAACGUAUCUGAAAGGCCUGAGAUACGCUGUGUUUGGCUUGGGAAACUCUGUUUAUGUUGAUCAUUACAACACAGUUGGAAGAAAUAUUGACAGGUGGCUGUGGAUGCUCAGUGCCAGCCGUGUCAUGACUCGUGGCGAGGGGGACUGUAACGUGGCUCAGAGCAGGCACGGAAGCAUUGAGGCUGACUUUGAAGCCUGGAAAGCCAAGUUCCUCAGUCAGCUCCAGGCUCUCUGCAGAGGGGAGAAGUCCUGCAGCGGCAAGUGCAAGAAAGGGAAGUGCAAAUCUCUGGGGAAGCAGAGCAAAGAGAGCUCAGAUCAUGAACACUGGGCGUCAGAACACGAGAACACUGAGGCAGAGGAGUUGUUUGAAACCAGUAGUGAGGAAGAGGCUGAUGCUGAGGAAGCUGGAGGCGCAAAUUCAGUCAUUGAUGUUGAAGAUCUGGGCAACAUGAUGAGCCACAUGAAGAAAGCAAAGAGAGAACGUGAGCUCGAAGAAGGAGAUGUUGGAACGAGCCUCACUGGAGGGAAUGCUGGGAGGAAGGAGGAGGGUGAGAAGAGAGAGAUGAUAACCCCAGCUCUGAGAGAAGCGCUCACAAAACAAGGUUACAAGCUGGUUGGAAGCCAUUCUGGGGUGAAACUCUGCCGAUGGACAAAAUCAAUGCUUCGAGGCAGAGGAGGCUGCUACAAACACACGUUUUAUGGAAUUGAGAGCCACCGCUGCAUGGAGGCCACGCCAAGCCUGGCUUGUGCAAACAAAUGUGUCUUUUGCUGGAGGCAUCAUACAAAUCCAGUGGGCACAGAGUGGCGAUGGAAAAUGGACCAACCUGAAAUGAUCUUGCAGGAGGCUAUUGAGAACCACCGGAAUAUGAUCACGCGGUUCAAAGGUGUGCCGGGAGUAAAAGCAAAUCGCUUUGAGGAAGCAAUGACAGCAAAGCACUGCGCACUCUCACUGGUGGGAGAGCCCAUCAUGUACCCAGAGAUCAACCGCUUCGUGAAGCUCCUGCACCAGCACAGCAUCUCUAGUUUCCUGGUUACAAAUGCACAGUUCCCAGAUGAGAUAAGGAACCUUGAGCCAGUAACGCAGCUGUACGUCAGCGUGGAUGCCAGCACCAAAGAGAGCCUGAAGAGAAUUGAUCGACCCCUCUUCAAGGAUUUCUGGCAGAGAUUUCUGGAGAGUUUAAAAGCCUUGUCUGAAAAGCAACAGCGCACUGUUUAUAGGCUGACACUGGUGAAAGCUUGGAAUGUGGACGAACUCAAGGCCUAUGCUGACCUGAUAUCCCUCGGUAAACCAGACUUCAUAGAGGUCAAGGGUGUGACAUACUGCGGUGAAAGCUCAGCCAGCAACCUCACCAUGGCCAACGUCCCCUGGCACGAGGAGGUGGUGCACUUCGUCCAGGAACUGGCUGACCUCAUCCCCGACUAUGAAAUCGCCUGUGAGCACGAACACUCAAACUGUCUCCUGGUAGCUCACAAGAAGUUCAAGAUCAACGGGGAGUGGUGCACCUGGAUCAACUACGACCGCUUCCAGGAGUUGGUACAAGAGUACGAGAGGAGCGGAGGGUCCAAAACUUUCACAGCAGCCGAUUACACAGCCAGAACUCCUCACUGGGCACUGUUUGGGUCCAGAGAAAGGGGAUUUGAUCCCUUGCAUGUAAGAUACCAGCGGAAGCGCAAAGCAAGAGAUGUCUCUGGCUGCUGAGCUUAGGUUGGGACUUGCUGAACUCUGGGCUGGCUGCUGAAUUUUGUUCUCCAUUUCUUGGCUAACACUGAUUUUUAUUCUAUUCACCUAUAUUUUUUGAUGCUUUAUAUUGAGGAGGGUAAAGCCUUUAUUUAACCCUUCCCUCCUGUUUUUAGGAUUUCUUGGAUGAAAAUAUUUAUAAUGCUUUCUGUCUUAAGAUAAAUAACAAAUGGUGCAUGCCAGCAAUCUAUCAUAACUCGCAGUGUGAUGAGGGAGGCAGUGGCUGUGGUCUUCGCAGCGAAGAGUGUUUGGAGUUGCAUGUGGAGGGGGAGCGUUUGUUUGACUUCUGAGUGCUUCAGCGAGGAGACCCUGGUGUGUGCUGGCACCCCGUUCAGCAGCAGAACAUUCCAUGUCCAUAAAGAAAAUUGCCAAGGGGGUUUCAAAGCCACAGCCUCACUGGAUAUAUGCAAGCGGAACCACAGAAUGGUCUGGAUCUAAAAGCCCGAGCCCUGCUGGAAGUGUCACUGUGCAGACAGUAACGAAGAUUUACGGACUUUAAAUGCAGGUGCCAAUUCCUAUAAAGACCCCAACCCCAAGAAGCUUGGCAAUAGUUUAAUAGUGACAGCACUGCUCUUAAUAUUGUCUGCAACUUCUGUAUUUUCCAGCUUCAUGGCUUUGGCAGUGAAUAGUUUCAGAGUAGUUCUAUCCCACUCUCCAACAGCCCUGAACAAUACGUAUAAUUCUUCCAAGUCCCAUUAGGCACCCGCUGUGAGAGUCCAGUGUCCUGCUGCUGGUGAGGACGUGCUGUGAGGAGCCUGCAGGUAGGGUUCCUUCGUUCCACACAGUCCAGGUGACAGUGUCGCUGCUGGUUUGGGCAGAGGUGGUAAUCUGAUGAAAAUGGAAAUUGAAUCCAUUUGAGAUCUCUUGUGUCAAGAAACUAACUGUCUUAGUUUGGAGAGGUAACGUCUGGGCACAAGGUCCAGCAACAUGUCCAUCGGUGUUGCCCUUGGAAACCCUGGCAUUCUGGAGGUACUGCAGCCCAGCUGGAAAAGUGCAUUUAAAUGAGAGGGAGGUGGGUUAUUUUCUCUUGGGAAAAUCCCCACUUUCAUGUGCCAACAAUCUUUCCCUUUCCGUAUAUGCAACCUCUGUGUCAGCUGCAGGCCCUGAGGAGCUGCAAAGGAUCCGUGUGCAAAGAGCCAGGGCAGACCCUGAUGUCCAGCCACGUUGCUGAAGGCUGUACGGCUGCGGUAUUUCCUGGCUUGCCUCCCACGCCUCUGCCAAAGGCUUUCACCCUCCGGCAGCCCCGAGGCACGGGGCAGCUCUGGCCACUCUCUUCCAUCCCUGUGCCCAGCCAGCCUUUCGGGGUGAAUGAGCUGUGGUGUAGGGGGGCAGUGGACAGUGGGGUUCCCCUGUGACCUCAGUCUGCUGCACAGUGGCUUGACCUGCUCCAGCCGAGGAGCCUGACUGAACCAGCUGCAGAAAGAGCUUUAGUUUAGACCCAGAGGUGUCAGCUGCUGAUGGGAAGGAAAAUGAUCACAUUGUUCUCCCGUUGAACUCCAGGAGCACAGAUCAGAGGCAUUCACAAUGCCCCCACAUUUACGGAGAGGCCCAUAAGCCUGCGAUGCCAGGUGCCCCCGACACUGGGGACAGGACUCUUCUUGAGAUGAUGAUUAUUUUUCAAAAAUGAACCUUUUCUUAAACUGUAAACAGUGUUUCUAAGGAAGAAAGAAAAUA